UUUCGUGCUGGCAACGGCAGCGCACAAGUGAUCGAAGCUGAUCCGGACAUGAUGCCAGUGGCUCCAUACUUCAUCCGCUCUAAGCCUGAAAUCACUUGGCAUGGUUUGCGUUACGAUGAAGAGUUCGCCAUCGCCAUAAUCGACGUAGGCUUCGGCUCGCUGAACUAUUUAGUGACAGGAUUUCCACAAGAACCUAAGGUCCUGCAUGAAUACGAACCAUCCGAAAACUUUCGCCCAGAAGCAAACCCUAUGGUGGUGGUGGUUUUCCGCAAAUCGAGACCUUCAUUGAAAUUUAGUCGAACUAAGGAUUUCGACAUAUCGAAGUUUAUGCUGGACAACGACUUUGCGGAUGACCUAGUUGGACUCUCCUUAAUCAUUGUUGGCAGCGAUGCCUUCGCCAUCGAGCGACAACGUCUUCGCGGGAUUGUUGACAAUUGUCAUAGUCUCCUCAGAAGCAAGCUCCGUCGUCACCCACCCGCUUCUCUGUUUAGCCAACUACCUCUAGAUGAGCUCAACUCCUGGCUGACUGUAUCCGUUGAGCAGCCAUCACUGGACGUUAACGUGUGCUGCCAGCAAGUUCGCCAG